AUGGCGCAAUCCGGGUACUCGAAUCCGCUGAAGAAGUUCAAGCUGGUCUUCUUGGGCGAGCAGAGCGUGGGCAAGACAUCGCUUAUCACACGCUUCAUGUACGACUCGUUCGACAACACGUACCAGGCCACCAUUGGCAUCGACUUCCUCUCCAAGACCAUGUACCUCGAGGACCGCACCGUGCGGCUGCAGCUCUGGGACACGGCGGGCCAGGAGCGCUUCCGCUCGCUGAUCCCGUCGUACAUCCGCGACAGCUCGGUAGCCGUCGUCGUCUACGACAUCACCAACAAGAAGACGUUUGAGAACACGCGCAAAUGGGUCGACGACGUGCGGGGCGAGCGCGGCAACGACGUCAUCAUCGUGCUGGUGGGCAACAAGACGGACUUGAACGACAAGCGCGAGGUGACGACGGCGCAGGGCGAGGAGGAGGCCAAGAAGAACAAUCUCAUGUUCAUCGAGACGAGCGCAAAGGUCGGGCAUAACGUCAAGGCGCUGUUCAAGAGGAUUGCGCAGGCGCUGCCGGGCAUGGAGGGCGAGGGACAGCAGGGGCAGAGCCAGAGUAGGUCGCCUCCGGUCUUGACUACUCUCAAGGGCCUGCAUACUGACCACGCCAGUGAUCGACGUCAACAUCAACCCCAGCCAGCCACAGGAGCAGAACGCGUGUUCGUGCUGAGCAGAUGUGGGGAGAUGAUUAAGAAGAGAGAAAGGAGAAGUGAGGAGAUGAUGAAGAGGAUGAGGAAGAGGAAAAGGAGAAGUGAGGAGAUUAUGAAGAAGAGGAUGAGGAAGAGGAUUAAGAAGAGUAUUCAGAAGAGGAUUAAGAAGAAGAAGAAGAAGAAGAAGAAGAAGAAGAAGAAGAAGAAGAAGAAGAAGAAGAAGAAGACCAAGAAGAAGAAGAAGAAGAAGAAGAAGAAGAGGAAGAGGAAGAAGAAGACGAAGAAGAAGAAGAAGAGGAAGAAGAAGAAGAAGGAGAAGAAGAAGAAGGAGAAGGAGAAGAAGAAGAGGAAGAGGAAGAGGAAGAGGUCUUGGGAGAUUCGCUUAGCGCGUGUUUCGUUGAUAAUUCCAUGUUGCUUGCUUGCGUUGUAUUUCAAACCCCUCACAUUGAGCAAGGCGUUGAUCGGGCAUGGACGGGCUGUCCCUUCUCUGUAG